UUUCGGCGAAUUGUCGCCAAGCGCAUCCAACGAACAUUUCCAGGCACUCCAUUUCUAGUUACGUGCAAAACAAACGGGGACGUAAAGUUAUUCGGGAUUAUCGACGCUUUAUAAGAAAUGAAGUAGUAAAAGUUUGUCCGAAUGUGAAAGUUCAGGAGGUAAAGAAACGCGACAAAUUGCCGUUAUUGGACUUGGUUACGCGGAAGCAGCAGCAGUCUGCACUCGUCGACUGUGUUGCCAUGAAGUUAUGUAAGCACAUACAGUAAGUGUGUGUAAGCAGCCGAUUUCUCACCAUGGCUCCGUUCCUGCGGAUCGCCAUCAACGAAUUUAACCUGGGAGAUCUUCCCCCAAUGACAGAUGUGCCGCUCUGUGCAAUCAAGAUGAAGGAAUCAUUGAGCACAGAACGAGGGAAGACCCUGAUCCAGAGGAAGCCCACCAUUUACCCUGGGUGGAAAUCCUCAUUUGACGCACACAUCUUGGAGGGGCGAGUAUUACAGGUGUUGCUGAUGAAAUCGUCAGAAGAGACUCUGUCAGAGGCCACGGUCGGGGUCUCCGUCAUCGCUGAGCGCUGCAAAAAAGGUAACGGCCGUGCCGAGUUCUGGGUGGACCUGCAGCCCUCCGGGAAGGUGAUGCUGUCUGUGCAGUUCUUCUUCGAGGAUAAUGGCGAAGACAAGGCUUCAGUGAAAGGGAAAGAGGCAGAUGGUCUUCUUACUCUAAACAGAAGGAGAGGAGCCAUCAAACAAGCCAAGGUUCAUUUUAUAAAGAAUCAUGAGUUCACUGCCACCUUCUUCAAACAGCCCACCUUCUGCUCGGUGUGUCGGGACUUUGUGUGGGGUCUUAACAAGCAGGGCUACAAGUGUAGGCAAUGCAAUGCGGCUAUUCACAAGAAGUGCAUUGAUAUGAUCAUUGGGAGGUGCACUGGAACAGCGGCAAACAGCCGAGAGACAAUGUUUCAGAAGGAGCGCUUUAAGAUUGACAUGCCACAUCGCUUCAAGACACAUAACUACAUGAGCCCAACCUUCUGCGAUCACUGUGGGAGUCUUCUGUGGGGAAUGGUCAAACAAGGCCUCAAGUGUGAAGAAUGUAGUAUGAACGUCCAUCAUAAAUGCCAGACCAAGAUCGCCAACCUCUGUGGAAUCAACCAGAAACUCCUGGCAGAGGCUUUGAAUCAAGUCAGCAUUAAAUCUUCCACAAAGCGUCCAGAUCCCUCUUUGUCAGAAUUCGGAAUUUAUGAAGCCAUAGACAAAAACAUGCCAGGGAACCCUAGUGCAGAGGGCUCCCAGUAUGGGAAACUAUGGGAAGACGCAAUCCCUGCCCCAACCAAUAUUACACACCAAACCCGGGUCACCAUAAAAGACUUUGUAUUCCACAAGGUACUUGGCAAAGGCAGCUUUGGAAAGGUGAUGCUUGCAGAGCUGAAAGGAAAGGGGGAAUAUUUUGCAAUUAAAGCCCUGAAGAAGGAUGUGGUACUGAUGGAUGAUGAUGUGGAAUGCACUUUGGUGGAGAAACGGGUGUUAGCAUUAGCCUGGGAAAACCCUUUCCUCACACACCUGUACUGCACUUUCCAGUCAAAGGAGCACUUGUUUUUUGUGAUGGAGUAUCUGAAUGGAGGAGAUCUGAUGUUCCACAUUCAGGAUAAGGGACGAUUUGAUUUAUUCCGAGCGACAUUCUACGCUGCUGAAAUCAUCUGUGGACUUCAGUUCCUCCACUCUCACGGCAUUAUAUACAGAGAUCUGAAGUUGGACAAUGUGAUGCUGGAAAUUAAUGGACAUAUUAAGAUAGCAGACUUUGGAAUGUGCAAAGAAAACAUGGUUGGAGAAAACAGAGCAACCACAUUUUGUGGCACACCGGACUACAUCGCUCCUGAGAUCUUGCUGGGAAAUAAAUACACUUUCUCUGUGGACUGGUGGUCGUUUGGCGUGCUAGUCUAUGAGAUGCUGAUUGGUCAGUCGCCAUUCCAGGGAGACGAUGAGGACGAGCUGUUCGAGUCCAUACGCAUGGACGCACCUCACUUCCCGCGGUGGAUUACGAAGGAGUCCAAGGACCUGUUGGAGAAGUUAUUUGAGAGGGACCCAACUCGAAGGCUUGGUGUUGUUGGAAAUAUCCGUGGACAUUCCUUCUUCAAGACAAUCAACUGGCCUGCACUGGAGAAGCGAGAAGUGAAUCCCCCGUUCAAGCCAAAAGUGAAAUCACCCAAUGACUGUAGCAACUUUGACAGAGAGUUCCUAAGUGAGAAGCCUAGACUCUCGCAAGGUGAUAAGAGCCUGAUAGAAACCAUGGACCAGGGAGCCUUUGCUGGCUUCUCUUUCAUUAACCCCAACAUGGACACCAUUCUAGAUAAAGGGAAGGUUUAGGCAGAGUUUGGUCAAGACGUUCAGAUCUACCCACUCAAAACAACAGCAGCAUACAAGAGCCAGGAGUUCAACCAGUGUUACACCUGCACACACUUUCUGGACUGUACAAAUACAUAAUGGUGUAUUUAUGUUUGUAUUUAAAAGAUUAUGUUUUUAAAUCGAAACGACUUUAAUGAUGUACUGUAUUGUUGUUGUAAUAUCCCUAACAUAUAUAUAUGAACAUAUAGCUCAGUUUUGGUGAACAAGAUAUCCCUUACUAAAUGACAGAACACGCAAAUAAACAGGCAGACCUAAUUUAAGAGUAAGGGAAUGCAUAUUGUAGCAUUUUUAAGGUGUUCAGUCGUUGUGAAAUAAUGGCCUUCUAAGGAAUCUAAGGAUCCUUUUUGAUCAUCCCCAUUCUCUAGGAUUGUCUCAUGUUAAAAAUAUAAUCAGUACCAUGUUUUGGGGAUGUUUUAAAGAUGCUGAUUUUGCCAGUUGGAGUUAAGCAUGCAGCAGGCUGUGCUGAGCGUGCACAAAAUAGUGUUUUUCCAGUAUGGGUCUAUAAAGAAUGGACAUUGAGGACAAUGUAGAUUCCUAUAGGUGAACCUAAAACCCCUACAAUAUGAAAAAACAGUCUUAUAGACAUGUUCAUAGAUAGGGUUUAUUUUAUGGUACUAUAGUAGGUAGUUUAUAGGUACAGUAUAUUGGUGGGUGAAGGUUAUACAGCACCAACACAAAUAAGUAUAAAUAUAUACUGUUUUUUAAUGUUGGUAUUUUAAAGAAGUAUAAAAUUGUAUAUAAAAAUAUAUGUAUAUUGUAAUGAAUGGUUGUUGUUAUUGAAGGUAAUUAUGAUCUUUUGUUUACUGAAUUUACUCCUCAGAAUUCAGCACCAUUAAAGAGUUUUCUCUUUA